ACGUUUUUCUCUUUGCAGUAAAAUAACUUUACAGUUUUUCCAAGAUGGCUAGCUUCUAGCUAAUACAUCAAUGUUGUUUUCACUAGCAUCAAUGAAACAUUCCAUCACGUUUGCAUGAACACAGAACCAUUACACAGCCUAGCGUGCUAGCUACGUGAAUACCGGUGCCGAACUAACGCGCGAUUUCCGACAGAAUUUGAAAACUUGAGGUGCAUCUUCAACCCAGUGCUUUAAUCUCGUUAGCGUGUCUGGUGGUGUGUUUAAAGCUACAUAUCCGUUUUGCUUCAUUCGCGUGUUCCAAGGUUUGGUACAAUCGGUGGUCCUUAGGAUGGAUUUCCAAGGCACAGAACCAAUGACUCUGGGUUCCCCAACAUCGCCUAAACCCGGCCCGGGUGCCCAGUUCCUUCCCGGGUUUUUGAUGGGGGAUCUGCCAGCACCUGUCACACCCCAGCCUCGGUCAUUUGGGGUCAUGGAAAUGAGGUCACCAUUUCAAGCAGGUGGCUCUCCCCCCCAACCUGUAGUUCCUACACCUAAAGACAAGAGUGGGGCCCCUCCAGUCAGGAGUAUCUAUGAUGACCUCUCCAGUCCUGCUGUCGGGAUGUCCCCUAUGGGUGCACAUAAACAGCCCUUCUCAAUGAUGCAAAACCCACUGUCUGGUUAUAUGGCUGUCACACCAGGAGCAGCGUCCAGUCUAUUUAGUCCUGCUAGCACCGGUCAGCAGGCCAAGUCAACAAUGUCUCCAGCCCAAGUAGACCCUUUCUUCACUCAGGGAGACGCACUGUCUUCUGAAGACCAUCUAGAUGACACAUGGAUCACUGUUUUUGGGUUCCCUCCGGCCUCCGCGUCUUACAUUCUGUUGCAGUUCGCCCAGUAUGGAAACAUAACGAAACACGUGAUGUCCAACACUGGUAACUGGAUGCACUUUCAAUACCAGUCAAAACUACAAGCAAGAAAAGCUCUAAGUAAAGAUGGGAAGAUUUUUGGCGAGGCUAUAAUGAUUGGUGUUAAACCAUGCAUCGAUAAGAAUGUGAUGGAGAGCUCAGACCGAGGCUCUACCUCCUCUGGCUCAGUAUUUACUCCUCCGGUCAGAAAUGGAACCCCCAGCCACCAUGUCUCUACACCUCGCUCCUCUAUGAGGCCCCUCAGUGUAGCCUAUAAGGCCUCCAGCAGUGACUACCAGGUGGUAGCUGACAGACAGACUCCAAGGAAAGAUGACAGUUUGGUUUCCAAGGCGAUGGAGUACAUGUUUGGCUGGUGAGAUGGGGUCUCCUCCAAUGUCUGAGGACGCUUCAUAUUUAGGACUCAAGACGUCAAUGACCAACAUCAGCCUUCUGUCAUUACGGAGUCUAGUUGGCUUGUAUCCCUAAUAGCACCCUAUUCCCUACGUACUGCAUUACGUUUUACCAGGGCCCUAGGGAUUAGCGUGCUAUUUGGGAUACAUCCAGUGUGUAACUGAUUUUUAGAACCAAAUCACGUGGAUAUACUUAACCUGUGACUACUAUGCACUUUAUGUGGUGGACAGGAUUUUAUAUGUUAGCGUUGAAGUGUUUUUUUAUUUAUUUUUGUGUCAAAGUCACGACGCUAAAUUGACCAACAACACAGAAAUAAACAAAGUAAAUAUUUUCCUUUUUUUUGUGUUCUUUAAAAAAAAAAAAUGGUCUGAUUUGAAGUGGAAUGAAUCACAUAUAAUUAAGACGUGUGUUUGUACCAAAUGGCACCCUAUUCCCUAUGCAGUGCACUACUUUUGACGAGCCCAUAGUGGUCCGGUCAAAAUUAGUGUACUUUUCUUUAGGUUUAUAGGGUUCCAUUUGGGACAUAAAUGUGGCAUAUCUACAGUAUCUAAAGGAAGAGCUGCUUUGCCAGUUAAUAGUCAAGGUUGUACGUCAGUAUGUUAAACCGGGACGUUGAAAUGGUGCAAGAUUGUCUGGUUCUCUUUUUCUGUGGUUUUGCUGAGUGGUUCGCUAGAGAAUGUUAAUUAUGAAAGGCUCAUACUUUUCAGAAUUAUUAAGAAAUUGUUUUUUUUUGUAUGCUGUCAAACUUUUUUACAUUUUUUUUAUUUUUAUUCUCACAUAAAGUUGUCAGUCUUGUUUCUUUUAUCUAUUUAAAAUGAGCUGUUGACUUUUUCUACUGUAUCUCAGCUGACACUUACUGUUUAAAUAAAUGUUGCAUCAUUUGAAUACCA